AUGGAAAACGUUGUGAAGACAGAGGACUUUUUAUGGUUUUCAAGCGCACUUCCAAACCUAUUGGAUGUAAUAAAAAAAUGUUCGAUGUCUGUUGAAAAAGAAAGUCAGACGGAUUUUGAUCACAACUUUUCAUCCGAGCGACUCUCCCGCGACUUUGAGCAGUUGGUUGACCAGAAAAAUCGGUCAAUUGAAAUUAUGAAAGAUUUAGUCAAAAAUCUUAAAGAUCUUGAAAAUGAAAUAGACAGCCUGAUUUUAAAAGAGAGGUUUAACGUGUUUAUGUAUCAAUCGCACAUAGAUAAGAAAAACAAGGAAAUUGAGAAUCUGACAACUCCGUCUGAACGUCCGAAAUCUCCAAUUUUUGGCAAACCCGAAAAAAUAGAAGAACCCGAAAGUCAAUCUGAAAAUCUUAAAGUUGAAGUCAACAAACAACAAAACGAAAUGGUUGAAAGUUUUCUUUCGUUUUUUCAAAUACUAACAGGAAAAGAAGAAGUUGAUGUGUGGUACGACAGUGAUAUCGACGGUUUUGACACCUCGCUCUUUUCCAAAAAAAUCAAAAGUCAAACCUCACCAAUCAUUUUGUUUUUUGAGAAAACACAAAACGUUUUUGGUCUUUUUCUCCCCAAAUCUCCCAAUUGUUUUGACACGUUGAGUUUUGCGAUCAUUGAAGAUUCAAUACAAACUCCAUUUGACGAGAUUGAGUUUGACGAAACGAGUGGGGAGCUAACCUUUAGUGAAAGUGGGAAUUUUAGUUUAUCCACCAAAAAAUGUUUUUUGCGACUUUUUGAGAAAUCUCGAUUUGUGGUGAACGAAAAAUUGAAGGAUUUUGAGAUGACGCGUGUGAUUGCGAUCACAAUGAAACAAGACGUUUUCCAUGACGUGAUCAUACAAAAUUUGAAUCAAUUAAGUGAUCACGCAAGAUUGGGGAAUAAAACUUGUCAAAUGCUUUUUGAUUCUUCUGAAGAUGACGAAGAAAACUUUUUAGAACAAUUGCAAUCGCACAAAAACAUUUUUGUGUUUUGUGUUGACACUCCUGGAAAUGUUUUUGGCUUUUUCUUUGAAUCGAUUGGUGAGAUUUCUUAUGACGAAGACAAAAGGCAAAAGUUUGAGAUCACAACAAGACAUUUUACUUUUGCUUUUGACAACACUAAUGAUGAAAGUGGGGACUUACAGAUGUGGGAAAUGGUACCACAAAAGUUGUUUGUCAUGAGUGGAGGGGAUUUGUUAUUUUCCAUCACUGGGGAAAUAUCGUCGAGUGGGGUCGUGGCUAUAUUUAAGAAGAAAUUUAACAAUAGUUUCUUUAUUCGUUUGAAUAAACUAUACUUGGGUUUAUUAAAUAACCAGUUGAAUGGAACCGAUUUUACUCACAAAGAAGUGUUCUGUGUCGAGCGAGUGAUUGUCAUUUCAUAUAGUUAA